CUGCACACUCGCCAAAACCCCUCUCCCUCUCUCUCUCUCUCUCUCUCUCUUCUCUCUGCUCUGGUUCUGCGACGAAGGAAUGAUGUUCUCGAGCAGCCAGUUCGACGGCUUCGUGCCUUCCCAGUCGACCCAGUCCGCCGACGCCGCUUCUCCUAACCCCUCCAAGAGCUGGGGGACGCAGGGGUUGGUGCCCGUCACGGUGAAGCAGUUGAGCGGAGCCCAUCAAGCCGGGGACGAGAAAUCGAACUUCUCCAUCGAUGGCGUGGACGUGACCAAUGUCACGCUGGUCGGGAUGGUGUCCGAGAAAACCGUGAGGGUGACGGAUGUGAGCUUCGCUUUGGAUGACGGGACCGGGCGAGUCGAAUGCAGAAGAUGGGUAAAUGAAAGUUCAGACACCAGGGAAAUGGAAGAAAUUCAUGAUGGUCUAUAUGUCCGUCUUGUCGGGCACUUAAGAAGUUCUCAGGGGAAAAAGCAACUUGUGGCCUUUGCUGUUAGGCCUGUGACCAAUUUCGAUGAAGUUACUUUCCACUUUAUUGAUUGCAUACACCAGCAUUUGCAGAAAAGCAGAGUAAAGGGUGAUGCCAAUGCUGAUUCCCAAAUGGCUGAUUUUUCCACAAGCACUCCAAUGAGUAACAAAUCAAAUGGGUCUCUGGUAGCUCCCACAAGUGAAAUUUCUGGACAAUUCUCUGUUGAUGGACUCAAGGGCUGUGACCAGAAGGUCCUUGAAUUUCUACAACAAAACUAUGCACAAGAAAAGGGUGUCCACAGAGAUGAAAUCGCGCAACAACUGAAAAUUUCUGUCAAUAAGAUCAUGGAAUCAAUCAGGACUCUUGAAGAGGAGGGUCUGAUAUAUUCAACUAUUGACGAAUAUCACUAUAAAUCAACUACGGAUGCUUAAAUGGUGGAACAAGUUGCUAGUUCUGCUUUAAUUGUGGGUACUAUUGUGUGUUCUUAUUUUUGCACACUUCCCUCUUUCCUGUACAAAAAGAAAGGCAAUUUUAAGGAUGCUUGGGUAUGGACCUCUUUUUUCUUUUUGUUGGUUAGCUCUACUCUGCAUUGUUAUUGACUCGUGAAUUUUAAUUUAGCACUGAACUUUCCGCUGUCA